UGAAAAAAGAGAGAGAAAAAACUUCACACCAACUUUUUUAGUAGGAAAUUGUUCUCGCCAUCUUCGCCGCGCGUUGCUUCUAGAGGUGCCAUUCUACAGCUGGUUACGGACCCUUAGCGAUGGCUGCGAAUCAGUUUAACAAGGGACCAGCGUAUGGACUUUCGGCAGAGGUCAAAAGCAAAAUAGCCCAGAAGUAUGACCCUCAGAAGGAGGAGGAGAUCCGGAUCUGGAUAGAGGACAUCACCGGCUGCAGCAUAGGAGACGACUUCCAGAAGGGACUCAAGAACGGAGUCAUUCUGUGCCAGCUGAUAAAUAAGCUGCAGCCAGGCUCAGUGAAGAAAAUCAACAACUCCUCUUUAAACUGGCAUCAGCUGGAAAACCUGUCUAAUUUCAUCAAGGCCAGUACAGUGUACGGCCUGAAGCCACACGACAUCUUCGAAGCCAACGACCUGUUUGAGAGUGGGAACAUGACUCAAGUCCAGACAUCGCUCCUGGCCCUCGCUGGCAUGGCCAAGACAAAGGGAGUUCAGACGCGGGUGGAAAUUGGCGUAAAAUAUGCCGAUAAGCAGGAGAGGGCCUUCGACGAGGAGAAGAUGAAGGCUGGCCAGUGUGUCAUUGGUCUCCAGAUGGGCACCAACAAGUGUGCCAGCCAGGCUGGCAUGAACGCCUAUGGCACCAGGAGGCAUCUGUACGACCCCAAGGCCAACGUCCUGCCCCCCAUGGACAGCUCCACCAUCGGCCUGCAGAUGGGCACCAACAAGGGGGCCAGCCAGGCUGGCAUGACCGCGCCUGGCACCAGGAGGGCCAUCUACGACCAGAAGCUGGGCACGGACAAGUGCGACAACACCACCAUGUCCCUGCAGAUGGGCUACAACCAGGGAGCCAACCAGAGCGGGCAGAACUUCGGUCUCGGCCGGCAGAUCUACGACGCCAAGUACUGUCCCAAGGGAGAGCUGCAGGAAGGGGAGGAGUACCCCAUGGACGACAAUGGCUAUGACCAGGAGCAGGACCAGGGCUAUGUGGGCCACUGAGGACAGCUUUUAUGGGAAAAACAAACAAACAAACCUGCACAACAGUACUGCAGUUUUUAAGUAGAUUUUUAGUGUUUCAUGCCCAAAACACUGCAUGAUGUGUUAUUAUUGUAGCAUUUUGCCGUAUGCAGUUUUUUGUGUCCGAAACACUGCAUUCGCCGCAGUGUAAAAGCUGUAGAAGUACAACACACUUUCUUUGGUCAAAAUGGGGAAACACACCACAGGUGGUUCCUCCCAUCCAGUUUUGAAAGUAAAAGUCCUGCCACGUGUUAGAUGGACGAAAUCUCCUGUAUUGACAGCAUAGGCAGAAGAACUACAUGGCAUGAGUUUUACUUUCUAUUUUUUACUGUUGUCCAUCUCUGAAUUAUACAUCAAGGAAGAUAAAUGAGAACAUAGGAAGAGAGCUCUUUAUUGUUGUUAUUUUUUUUCUCUCUCUCUCUACCCAUGUACAUCUAAUGGCUUCCUUGAGGCUGUGAUUUGUGAUAGAAACUUUGAACAAAUUGUAGAGUAUUUUUUGUGUAUUGUUGUCUCUCCAGUUUCGUUAGCAUUCCAGACUUCAGUAGGCCUAUUCCAUGCUGCUGUCUUACUGCCAAAAGCAUUCCUUUCCUGUGCUCUCUUGUUUGAACGGACCGCAUCACAGAAGUGUUACCAUACCUUUUUUUAAUGUUUCAACACAUUUGAUGCAUCCCUUGCAUCAAAAGAAAGAUUACUUUCCUGUUUUUAAAUGUUCAACUUUUGUGGCACACUGCUGGACUGUACGUAUUAAUGUUCCUGUUCUUACUUCCCCUUUGUGGCAUGUCUUUUAUCAUCUCAAGAUUCAGCCCCACAUAGAGCCAAUAGGCGCAUGUUCCACCCUUUCAUAUUCUUGACUAGUGUACCUUCUUUUCCAGGUACAGGAAAUUAACCGUGAACACACUCGAAAAGCUCAAAAUGGAAAUCUGUUUGGGAAAAGAAUACUUUGCACAUUCCGCAUGUGUAUGUAGUUGACAUGUGUCAGCAGGUGUUAACUUCAUUCCUCUAUUAACAUUCCAGAAAACAUUUUUUGUCAAAAAGGAUGUUCCAUAUUUUUUUGAUUUUGUAUAUUUUUUAAUUAAUAAACUUAACCUAUAAACUUC